AUGCCUGACCUAUCUUCAUCCUUCCCCCUUACCAUCCUCCUAGUUCUUUGCCUAUGCUACUUCCCCGUCAUACACGCUAUCAUACCUGUGGAAUGCGUCGGAAAUGUUACAAAACCCUCCGCAAUAUGCUGUCCACGAAAUCCGGAAAACUACCAAGUUUGCGGCGGACCCCAUCGCGGCUACUGCACCAAGAUUGUGGCCCCCGUUCAGUACGUCCCAGUGCCUUUUCAGAUGGAUGACCGAGUGAGUUGGCCGAAUCGUUUCUUCUCCUAUGCUUGUCAGUGCAGAGGCAACUUCUUCGGCACUUCCUGUCAGGACUGUUGGUUCGGCUGGACAGGGCCCAACUGCGACAUCCCUGUAAGAAAGGUGCGGAAAGAUAUCAGAGACUUGACCCCAAAGGAACGCCGAAUCUUCAUUGAUGUUUUUGCAAGAAGCUCCUAUUGGCCCUCCGGCUAUGCCCUGGUCGACGAAACAGACAAUUUCCACUCCGAUCCGCUCAAUGACCCUAAAUUUGUGAAGGCCAGUAUCCAGUACUACGUAACCUACGCGCACCGUUACGGAAGUCGAACAACACUCUACAAGACGGAUGAAGACUGCAACACCUACGGCAUGCUUGAUUUCAUCCAUGAUGGGCCCGGUUUCCCAACCUGGCAUCGGUAUUUUUUGCUGCUUUGGGAACAAAUGCUAGGCAAGAUAGCAAAGAAAAUUUAUGGAAUAGACAACCUUUCUAUUCCUUACUGGGACUGGGUUGGUAUGCGGGAAUGUGACGUGUGCACCAAUGAAUUCAUUGGAGCACCGGGUAAGGUUGAUGAGUACGGGCUGCGUAUUCAUGAGGGAUCUCCCUUCUCUAACUGGUCAGAGUACUGCUACGAACCCAACAACCGACUUCGCUGUUAUGGCUGCCAGCACGCAGGCGUUUUAGGAAAAUUAACCAGACGAUGGAGGCACUACAACUUCCCGGACCAGAGUGACAUCGGAUUUGUUCUGGGACUGAAAGAGUAAGUUAUUACCAACAGCUAGCCUAUCAACUGAUGUCAAAUUUACCCUUUUACAUCCUCAAACUCUCGGAAUCCAGAGAGGUUUUGACAACAUAUUUACGUAGACUUUUGUUGAACAUGAGGUUCAGAAUGCGGAAGACUUGUACAGGCAAUAUCCUUGGGACCACUAGAGCCGUGAGCCUGUAAGAAUCAUUCAAAGAUUACUGUAAAAAACCCCUACUUUAGUUUAGGCCCACAACUUUUUAAAUAAAGUCAAGUAAACCUAAACGGGUGAGGUAGGAACGAUAUUAACCAUCUUGGGGAGGUCUCUGAUGAAUGCGGUCACAUGUCACCUGUCUGCAAACUUUUGAGAAUUAACUCGCCCUUCCGAGGGAUGGAUGCUGCACCGUCAGUGCUCGUCUGUUUUAUCUACUGUACCAUGAUGGCUGAGUACGCUUGUUCCGUAAACCGAAUGAUCAUUCACUUUUGACCGCCAAUGAGUGCAUCUAAGCAUCCUAGACAAGCUUUAUUGAUAUUCUAGAUACUCAUCCUAACAGUCCGACCAUAUCGAAUGCAACCGUUCAGGCGGUAUUAACAACAAACAACGGUGGUGGUUCCAUGAAUUCCCUUGCAUACAAAACUAACGAUGCGGAAGGAGGAAGUCCGCAAAAGUUUCACCUAAUUAAAAGAUAGUGCGUCAAUCCUCAGCACUGGCAGGUUUCAAAUCAGGGCAUUAUGGCAUUUCAUCACGAGGCAUGAAGUAGGAUAUGACAGGAAAGUUACUACUGCACCCAAAGUAUACGCCUGUAUGGAGGUCAAAAACAUUCGGCGAAUAAGAUGCCUAUCCUCUAACUGCUUUAAACGAUCAGUGAUUUAUGACAUUGUCCUUUCGAAAGGGCCGUAACGUACACGCCAUAAUUUUGUAUCCUGUUUCCUUACAAGAAGACAUAAGCGGCUUGUUUGGCGACUGAAUGUGACAGUUCAUUGUGAAACUUUGUCGAAUUUCUCGGAAAACUGAAAACCACGUCAGAAUGUUUGGAAUAUGCCUUCUCAGCAGGCCUACCCGGAAGACAGUGAUGGCGCAUUCGUAAACGUCAAUUAUGAUAAAAUACCUUCAUUUACUGCACCAAAAACUGCCGGUAAUGGGUUUCUAGGAGAAAAUGAAGAGGCCUUUUUAUUAGCUGGAUUGAUCUUUUUCAAAAAAACUGGCAUUUAUUUGUGCUUCUAAGGGAGACCUUCAAGCGCCUACUUUUUGGCAAACAUAAUAUACGCAUAGAAAUGGUGCAAAUUGAUUAUGCGAAAACACAAAAAACCAAGUAGGCUUUUCUGCCCGAUCCUAUCAAAUUCUCAAGGCCUGGAAUUUUCGUCCCGUGAUCACGCUCAGCAAUGGUUCCUGCGUUAUAACAAACGCUGAAAAUUAGUGUUAGCACCGAAAUGCUCACCUCAUCGAUUGAAAAUAAUAAUUUCUGAUUUCUUAUUUACCAUAUGCACUGCCACUUUUUUGACAAAAAACAGGUAUUAUGUUCGCGGAGAACGCGACUCAACAAAGUGCACGUCCUUCAGCAUGGCCCUCGAAGGGUUCUGUGGUCCUACGGAUUCGGCCGGACCUGAUCUCUGGCUGCAUAACAAAGUUCACAACAUGGUGGACGGAAGCAUGUGCUGCGUCGGCACAGCCGCCAAUGACCCCCUUUUCCUCCUCCACCAUACGAUGGUGGACAAACUCUUCACCGUAAGCCAAUAAUUGCUGCGUGAACUCGACAGUCACAGACUUUCCUCUUUGCAGAUAAGAAAGACAGAUCCAAACUAAAUGUUUUACCGUCACGGCUGGCGAAUUCCUUUAUAUGGACUUUCUCGUGAUAUCUGUGAUGCAAUACGUGCACAGGACACGUUCUUCCUUUAAACCACAAAAUCAAAAGUUUAUUUUAUGUUCCCCAAUUCGCUUGGUGCCUUCGAUCACUCGGGUGCAAAAACUAGCACACCACCGACAGCCCAAUCGAUUAGUCCUAGCGACGGAAAUAAGGAAAACUGGGAUGACCCUUUCCCGAUUAUCUGUAGUCGUCGGGCCAUACCGGCCUGCAGAUGGACUGACUGGCGACGACAGAUAGGCCAGAAACAGCCGCCCCCCGUGUAAAUCGUUUUUGUUGGUGGCGGUUCCAUCGGAUUGCUGUGCGAGUUUUACCGUGGGAACACUCAUGCCUGGUUUAGGCAGAAAUUCCUAGGUAAAACGAACGGCACCGUUCUAUUGUGCAAUCAAAGUGGAUUGGUGAAAAUCACUCCCGCGUGGCCAGUUCCUCUUUUGUCGGCUUCCAACGCCCAAGCAAAACUUCGCACGCUCUCUCUAAGUCCAACGCAUACUUUGUACUGUUUUAAACGAAUAAGUAUUAGACAGCCUCCUAGGACAAUGCUAUCCGUUUAACUGUCAGUAGACUACCUAGUCGGUCUUUUCGAACUGGGGGGAAGGUUCACAAAGUCCGGCUCUGUGCUCUUUGCCGUUUCGGGUCUAUCAGUAAAACACCAAAAUAUCGAUCAUGUCUCCUCAUGUCGAACUGGCCUUCGAGCGGGAUCUACCCAGAUGUUUGAAAUGUUUACUGGUGCAGUCGCGGUCACAGGCGACGGUCCUCCAGGGUAUCCACUUAGUCAUCUCAUAUUUUCGCUGACGCUUUUCUUUCCUGGCAAACUUACCACUCCAUCCUGAACACUUUAUUCGUAGACCCCUUGUUCGACUGACAGCUUAAAGUAGAAGAUAUCCAUGUCAUAUUGAUAUUAGAUUAUGACGAUGGUUGCAGUUACGGGGGGAACUAUAAAAGUGCGUGUGGUAAGCCGGCUGACAUUUGUUAAAUGUGCUUGUGAGCCUAAAAAAAUCGUGGAGUAGUUAAUUUGAUAAAAUCAGAUCGGCAGCUGGAGGUCCCCUCAACGUGAGAACGAUUUGAAUUUGAUGGUAAAGCUCUAGGGCUAUUAUGGUCCCCCUAUCUGUUUCUGCAGUUAGCGAAGUAACAGCCUUGGUGUCUACAAGACAGUGUGAUAUGGGACAGCAUUCUCAACUUUUAUUUACGAUGAAAAUGAGCAAAUUUCUCUAGUAACUGUAUUAUCAUUUACGAGUGCCGUUUAUCGACCUAUCCUGAUUGUUGGGCGGAAGUGGGUAUUUAGGCCUUGUAACUGGAAUUCAAACGUAAGACAUGCCAACACCUGAGGCUGGGAUAUUGUUAGCUGAAAUACCCACUCUGAUGUUAAUAUCUUCGCUUGUAAGACAUUAUUACAAUUUUAUUAUUAACCCCCUGCGUCCAUUCUUUCGACAGACCUGGUAUCAAAAGUACGACCCAGAGCUCUCCGAAUUCCCUCAACAAGCCGUACGACCCGGCCAUUGCAGGGACUGUUUCAUGCCUGGAUUCUUCCCGCUGGCUCGCAAUGCUGACAUGUUUACUGACACAAGAAAUCUCGGUUACGUCUACGAUGACAGCGUGUUUGGUGCCAGGGCACAAAACGGGAGGGCACCAAUUGCGUUUUAG